GAGGCAGAGCAGAGAGUGGGCGGGGGGAACAGAGGAAGGAGCAAAAGACAGAGUGGUGAGGAGAGAAGCAUCAUCUCACUGAUGCUGAGUCACAUAACAGAGGGACCACAGCUGCAUCCCAUGAGUCUUUGGGAAUAAUGGAGGAGCUGGAACACACCUGCCCCCAUCCCCGGACGACGCUGACGGAGCCCGCCAUCUUCGCCAGGGAGACCAGCUGUGACUGCCGAGCGCCUCAUGAGAAACUCACCAUCGCUCAGGCCCGCAGAGGCACCCCGGUGGAUCGGCCAGUCAGAGUCUACGCAGAUGGCAUCUUCGACCUGUUCCACUCUGGACACGCUCGCGCUCUCAUGCAGGCCAAGAACCUCUUCCCCAACACCUACCUCAUCGUAGGAGUGUGCAGCGACGAGCUGACCCACAAGUACAAGGGCUUCACCGUCAUGACGGAGCACGAGCGCUACGAGGCGCUGAGGCACUGCCGCUACGUCGACGAGGUUCUGAGGGAUGCGCCGUGGACUCUGACGCCGGAGUUCCUGGAGAAACACAAGAUCGAUUUUGUGGCUCAUGAUGAUAUCCCGUACUCCUCAGCAGGAAGUGAGGACGUGUAUAAACACAUCAAGGAGGCAGGGAUGUUUGUGCCCACGCAACGGACCGAAGGAAUUUCAACCUCUGAUUUAAUAACCAGAAUCGUCAGAGAUUAUGACGUCUACGCCCGGCGCAACCUGCAGCGGGGCUACACGGCCAAGGAGCUGAACGUCAGCUACAUCAAUGAGAAGAAGUACCGGCUCCAGAACCAAGUGGACCGCAUGAAGGAGAAGGUCCGGACGGUGGAGGAGAAGAGCAAACACUUCGUUUACCGCGUGGAGGAGAAGAGUCACGACCUCAUCCAGAAGUGGGAAGAGAAGUCCAGAGAGUUUAUUGGCAACUUUCUAGAACUUUUUGGACCUGAUGGGACGUGGAAACAAGUGUUUCAGGAGCGCAGUGGCCGGAUGUUAUCCUACGCUCUGUCUCCCAGAGAGUCGCCCUGCAACAGCCCCCCACGCGAACUGUCCCCCCUCCGCUCCCCGUCCCCGCCGUCCCCCCCAGCCCGCUGGCACAACGCACGGCCCUCGCCCCCCGCCUCCCCCAAAGGAGCGUCUGCCUCUAUAAGCAGCAUGAGCGAAGGCGACGAAGACGAGAAGUAGACGGACUCUUGACCCGAACACGCGCACACACACACUCACACACACACACACACACACACACACACAAACACACUGCUCACAUUUACUGAACACUGGCUGUAAAAACUGAAAGAGUUUUCCUCACGGAUGCUGCAGCUCAGAGCUGCAGAGGCCAGAAGCCAUCGCUGUCUCUGUCGUCUGGGCAAACCGAGAGAAAGAGGAAGGACGAAGAGGAUUUGUGUGCACGCCACGGCGUCACAUAUUGUGCAAGAAUCCCGUGUAACAGCUUCAGACUGGAUUUGCUUUGGAUUGUCCAGCACCGACAGAGACCAUCAAACAGCCUGCUGAUAGUUUCAUCUCAGUUUUGGUUCAUUUAUGUUACUUUACUGACACUUUUAGGAGUUUUCUUGUGGCCUCUUACUUCUGAAGAGGCACAAAGCUACAGAAACAUUCUGUCUGACAUUCUUUCACGUGUUAAUGUAAACUGGAACUGCUUACGUCCGUCACUCUGUGAUGUUGUGCUUGAUGAACUGCUCGAACUGGUAAGGAUACACUGGACUCCAUGAGAAGCAGGAAUGACACAGAAAUGACCUUUUUUGCUAUGAGACACUUAGUUUGCACCGAUUUUGCAUCCGAAUCACCAAUAAAGGAAUCACUUCACCCUUGUUUUUUAUGGCUGAAGCAGUGUAAUGACCCCCUUUUAAAGAAUUCUGUGCAAAAAAACCUUGAUAACCCAACUGUGAGCAGAGAAGAAAGUUUUCCAGACAAAAAUCAUUUUACAUUCAUGAAAAUGCAUUUUGUUAUUAGAUGAUAGUGAAAACCGAAUUUGUUCGAAAGCAGUGGUUUUUAAAGUGUUGGGGAGGCUCCCAGAGAGCUUCAGAGAGGAGAAUCAGGCAGACGCUUUCCUUUUAGGUGGAGUUUAAAACUAAUAAUCAUGUAGUAAAACGUACAUUUUCAGAAAUUCUUAAAUUAAAAUGUUAAAACAAUCCUUAGUGUAAAAAUAUCAAUGUAACCGUUGAUACUUGCAGACUAGUUGAUAAAAAAAAAAUUAAAUAUAAAGAAGUUUGGUUUUUUAACCAAUUGAUCCUAACAGCCAUUAAUAAUAUUAAAAUAUUUCAAAAAGUCAUUCAAGCUCUGUGAGCCUCCCACACCUCAAAAACAAUUGUUCUAAACUCCCGAUCACCGAAAUAUCCUUCCAGCACCUGAUGCAUAUGCGACCAAACAGCCUUUUUGUCAACUCCUUGAAUGUAAGGCGAGUCUUAGAGACUCCACCUAAUAAACAAAAGUAAUCACACACAUCUGUAGUUACACUGAACACACACAUGCAAAUUCUUCAGGCCUGCUGCCUGAUGAACGCUGCCUGUCACCAUUUACAUAUUUUAAAGAGUGUAGAUUUUCACUAAUAAAAAGCCAUGAAUAAAAAAAACAGUUUUCAAUAAUUUCAGAUAUUUUUUGGCUCACUGUAAUAUGAUGUCAGCUGUCUAUAAUAAUAAUAAAAAAGAAAGAUGACAGACGUUGAUGAUACUUGAAAUCUUUACAAGCUGAAGCUCUCUGGGUAAAAAGGCUUUUCAAAGCCUGAACAAGCCUCGUUGUUUUUGUCGCUUUGAUUGGAAAAACGUCACAACCUUUUGGUCGGGUCUGCUCACAAAAAAGACUGGAGCAGCAGAUCUCACUUCCACCCCACGGACACAGCAACCAACCCCAAUGCAAUGUAAAGAAACACUAAUGUCCUGUACACACUACCUGUCGAUCUGCACUAUAUGUACAAACUUUGGGAAUGUGUCUUGUUUUUUUUAAAUUUCAACAUUUAAAUGGCCUGAUAUGUAAA